AGCUUGAUCUGUGUCAGUCUCCACAUAUCUCAAAUCGACAUCCUUUCUUGAUAAUCAAUGAAAGUAUGCUGGAAUAUCGCCAAUAAAUGUCUGGAUAUUCGCCAAUAAAGUACUGGAUUUUAGUCAAAAGUCCAUGGACUUUCGCCGAAGUGUUCUUGUACUUUCACCAAUUGGCGAACGUCUACUGAACUUUCGCCAAUAAACUGCAGCACUUUUGCCAUUGGCGAAUGUCCUGUUGGCGAAAGUCUUAUUGGCGGAAUUUGGGAACCCCUUUAUUUUUUCGAUUUGUGCAAUAAAAAACCUGGUUGUUAUUAAAAAAAUUAAGCAAAGAAAAACCAAAGUUAUCUUCGCUUUAAUAAAGCAGAAUCGGUAGCGUUAAAAGAUAGAAAUGCAUAAGUAGAAACUCGUAUAUACCACUGCCGAGAAAAUAAAUCGACGAGUAAAGCAAGACACAGUUCAUACAAUUUCUCAUCAUCAUUAAUGUAAGUGCCAGGAAAAUUGAGUGUAUGUCUGGUCAAACUAUCAUUCCACUGUGCAGAAGUAACUGUAAUGAAUGUUUUUCGUGUUUUUUGUGCAAGAGAUUUUUUAUUGUAUUACACUAAUGUACAUCAGUUUUUUCAAGAAGAGCAGUUGAUUGCUUUGUCGGAAUUUGCACAGGCCAGAUGGUUACAAAAAACCGUUUUUUUUCAUAAUGAAGAAAUUAGACGUCUCUCGUGUAUACGAUGCUUGUAUGGCGUAAAAUCAACUUUCCAGGUGAAGAACGGAGCUUAUUCGCACAAAAAAAUUUAGCGGGAAAGGUCAGGGAACGGGGCAUCGUCCCCGGUGAAACUUGAGCGGCGGCGAGGUCGGAGAGCGAUGCUAAAAAUCUUCAUCCCGCUGACUUUUAUCUUGAACUACCCGAUCUUCCAGCUGCAUCUCAAAACUCAGAAACUGUUUUUGGUCCGGCUGAUCGGCUUCCAGAAAGACCGAGUAUAGCAAGCAAAAUUUAGAAAAAAACGAUUUUUAUCUCAGAUAAACUAUAGAAAUGCAUUCUUGAGUGAGAACAUCGGACUUAAACAUUUUUCUUCGAAAUCGAAAUAGUUUUUCCAAUGUCUUACCGCUCAAAAGGGCCGACAACUGCCAUCUAGCUCCAUACGCUCCAAGUAGGCUGCUAAUCUCGCUUGAUUUUAGAAGUUUUUUGAACUUUACUAACUUCACCGUAAAUAUCACCGGACGAGCGAUAAUAACGAUUAGCGGAACGAACCGAUAAUAGCGAAACGAUAAUUGUUAAGAACGGAUAAAACCGAUCACGACUUUCGGUAAUAUACGGUCAACCCACAACAAUGAAGCGAUAAAAUUUCAUUGCUGUAGCAUACCUACUCUCCGGAAUGUAUAUCAAAUCGCGUUUGUCGCAGCCGAAUACCUUCCUCUACUGAAUUAUUAGUACUAUCAAGUGGAAAUUGGUUGUGUAGCCACAUAUCAAAGGAAUUUCAUUUCGUUGUUCUUAUUUUCAGGCACAGCCUAUGGUGUUGGUUGUUAUUUCUCAGCAUCAGCCAGAUACAGUCACAGUUAUGCAAAAGCGAAUGUGUAUGGUGGUGAACGAUGUAUGUUUCUCACACGAGUUUUAGUUGGUAGAACAACUCUGGGUAGUUCAUCCAUGAAAACACCACCAUCGGGUUAUGAUACAACAACAGAUGGUAGUAAUAUCUUUGUUACCUAUCAUGAUGCACAGGCAUAUGCUGAUUAUUUAAUCACAUACAAGUGAACGCAAAGAGACCUAUACAAACAGUAGCUUUAAAUAUUUUUUCAGUGAUUAAAAUUCAAUGGUUGCAAAAAAACCUUUUCUUUAAAACUCACUAAAAACCUUGUCAGUGUAGAGUCUAAUGACGCUAAAAGUUGAAACUCCCUUUUGUGAGAUUUUUCCUUAAUUCGCAUGAAAUAUUCACCAAGGAUUUUUAAGGAGAAUAAAGCAGAAAACAGCAAGCGGGAGUAAACACAAAAACAGAGUACAGAUGGAGAGUACAAUAUGAAGAGGAUCUGUCUUUCAAGCUAAGAGAUGGUGUCUGUAACUGUAAGAGG